CGCGCGCGCCGUUUAAUGUACCGGUGCCGCAGUAUAGUUGGACGUGCCCGCAACUCAGAAGCCACGCGCAAUCAAUUGUGAAAGUGUUCUAACGCGAUUUCUACACAGUGAGAGUAUACAAACGUAUUACCACCACCCCUAAAAACCUUUACUUUGUGUACGCGGUGGGAUCGUUUUGAGAAUUCAAGAGAGCAGGGUUCAAUGGAAGCGAGGUUCGUGACUUGCCGGAGCUUCCAGCAGAUAAAGCCGCCAGAGAAGAGCCUCGCGGCGCAGCCGACGGUGAAGGGGCUCUUGUCUCGCUUCGGCAGUCAGGCCCAGGCACUGUUCGCGCCGAAGAAGCCGCGCUUCGGCUCGUCGGUGGCUAUUCACAAGCUCCGGGAGACCAAGUGGUUCAAGCACGAUGAACAAAAUAUCCUAUGCGCCGUGCUCGAGACUGGCUUCGUGCUGGAGGUGCGAGCGGAGGACCCGCUGCCGCCGGACUCCGCGAUUACUCCGGACUACCACAUGUACGCCAUCGCAAUGUGGAAGAAGGGUAAAGAAAAAACAAAGAACCCGGAACAGAUAGAGGUGUACACGGUGCAACAGAAAGGUGUGCGUAAACGUGUGAUUAAGACCACUCUGGGUGCCUUCUGGAAGAAAGACUCCGUCAUACGUAUCAACAACGUGGACGACAAACAGGAGACCCCUAAUAGCGAAAAAGACAUAAGGGCAAAGCUUGACAUGGCCACUAAAUCCAGAUUCGAGAGGAAUUGGCACAACACCCUACACUUUGUCCAUUGGUGCCGCUAUGGGGAGACGCCGCAAGAAGCUCGCAUGAGACAGAUAAGCGAGUCGCUGAAAUGGGGCAACAUUGGCAUGAAUAUGGGCGUAAUGCUCGUAAGUCAAAGCAACGCCAGGGCAAAGGCAAAGUCUGUCUGAGUGUUGCCAUCCAGCGGCAUCGCCGCUGGCUCGUGCUACGCCUGCUUCUGGUCACCCCGGAACAUAGACAAUGUAUAAAUUGUUUUUUUUUAUUCCAUCACCGGGCGUGAUUGGAUCGGUUUAAAUCGAUUUUACCGAUAGGACCGAGUUAACAUCGUGUGAUGUAAUCUGUAUCAGCUCUCAAUGUUUUGUCAUUUUACUACAACUUAAAAUGUUUUAGAAGCUCUAAUUUUGUUCAAAAUCGAUUGUUAUCCUUUUUUUCGAAUUGAAAUGAAAAUUGCAACUUGGUCCUUUUAACUUUUGAUAUUCUAGUACUUAUACUGAUUUUGAAGAGUUUGAAAUUGUUUCUACGAUAGAUUCUGUUAAAAAAUGGGCUCCAAACUGCCAUAAUUGAUGUUUUUGAAUUGUUCCUUUUAAAUAUUGAACUGCAUUUCGUUUUUUUCUCAUAAUUCAGUGUACAUUAGAUUCUACGCUCAAUCACGGAUAAAAAAAUUUUACAUAGAAGAUAUCGAACAUUUGGAUUGUAUUUAAAUUCUUUUUAGAGCUUUAAUUUUGAUUAUAUUAAAAUUUUAUGAAUAGAAAAUUACAUUCCUGACAUCUAAUAAGACAAUUAAUGAUUCUGUGAAUUUGAUAUUCUUGUUAACAAAUAUGAAUAAAUUUUUAUCUUAUAGUUUAGUUGAUAUGUAAAGUCUAUCGAAAUAAAAAUCUAUAACAUUGUUUCUGAUUAAUAAGACUGUUUUGAUGUAGGAGUGAUUUUAGAUGUGAUUAUGAAACUCGCAUAUUCCAGAAACUUCUAUGGAUUAAAAUGCAAGUUUUUCAUAGAUCGUGUGUCGAGUAUUGUUAAUUUAUAAUGAAAACGAGAUAUUUCCGAUUGUUGUGAGAGUACGUAUAAUAUUUCAAUGUUCUAUUUAUAUGGAAGCAUUUUUUGUAUUAAUAAAUUGAUUACGUAAUCGAUAA